AUGCAGACCAAUUGUGUCGAAAUGCCUCUAGAUGCAAUACAUGUAACCCCCCGUCUUUUAAGUCCUUCCCUCCGCUGCAUUGUCCACACCAUUUUCAUGCUGCGCCUCCCCCACGACUCAUCCCCAGGUGAAGAAGACUUCCACUCCACGAACAGAAGUCCCCAUGUUCCCCAGCCACCGCUCGCCGCUGCGUCGAGCAGAAAGUACCAGACGCAUGCAGAGACCAGGGAAAAAGCAAAAGUGGGAUCUACUUCAGAAGCGGCGGCGGCAUCGAGGCUACACAGGGGCGCAGACCGCGCACAACGAAGAGGCCCCUCAUCUCUGUGUGCUUCCCCAUCCACCAACAGAAGCAACAGCAUGGAAAAAAGAAGCAACAGGAACAGCGCCAUGGUAGAUUUGCAGCUGCAUGGGUACCCAAAGGGCUCUUCUCUUUUAGAAGUAAACCCCGACGAGCUGAAAUGGCCAAGAGGGUCCCACGCAAAGGCUCCAGAAGGGCCGCAGGGCAUAGGAGAUGCGCUCCAAAGGCUUCCUAAAGGCGGCGGCAGCAACUGCAGGAGCAGCUGCAGUAGCAGCAGCAGUGGCAACAGCUCCAGCAGCAGCAACAGCGGUAGCAGCAGCAGCUGUAACAAGAAUGUCAGCGGCAGGUGCAGCUGCACUGGUGGCCAUCCAUCAGGAAGAGGUCCUGUUGACUUACGCCUACAUCCACAUGCCUCUCCCCCCCUUUCACUGAUUUACUUGCGUCUUUGUGAAGCCCCCCAUCUGACAGAAGAAGUGGAGCGGAAACUACGGGCAUUUACAGGGAUUGUGGAGAGCAGUGCUGGCCUACAGCAGCAGCAGCAGCAGGCUGCGUACACACUGGCGGUCGUACUGUACAUACAGCGGCCAAAGGCCUUCGGUUUCCUUCCCUCUUCCGUCGAAAGAGUGUCUUUUGAACGGUGGUUACUGCCUAUCUCGAUUUGUUGGUGCACGCAGAGCUGCAGCAGUUGCUGUUACAGCCGCAGCAAAGUGGGAACAAGUGAGCUUCACGAGCGCAGCAGCAGCUGCUGCUGCGGCACGACACAGUGCUGUCAGGCGAGACAAAUAGGUUCCCGGCGAUCGUGCAAUCUCGCUGCAGCAGCAAGCGAGGAAGCCCCAGCACCAGGUUCUGCCUGUAGGAAGCAACAUGCGCAGCAGCGUUCCUCCCAGUACCUGCCUCGGGAACUGAGGCAGCAGCAGGAGGUGGAGAAGGCCGUGAGGCGCGUCCUGUUUGCAAUCGUAGAGCUAACAGCCGCUAGACAGUUCCAUCUGCCCCCGCCAAGUGUCAGCCACCACCUUUACGGGUACGAUCUUGUUCUCAGCAGCAACCAGGCGUCUCUCCUGGGGGACUGGGCUCUGCAGCUUCCCCAAUCCGUGCGCCUUUUAUAA